CCAUGGAUCUUUAUUCUUUCUUAAUCUUACGCCUUCAUAUCUAUAUAUCUUUGGUCUUGGUCAUUUUUAUUUUAGGGAAUUCUUUGGAUCUUUGUUGAAUUCGAAUCUCUAUGGAUGGGUCUUGCAUUUCUCUGGCUAUGGGUUCCUCUUUUGACAGUUCUUGAUUUACUAAGAUCUAAAGCUUUGUACCACGAAGUCGGCUGUGUUCAUCAAGAUGUCUUCUUGAAUUUUGCAAGUUUUAGAUCUUCGCAAAACUCUUUUCUUUGAUCGACUUCUUUUCCUCUGAUAUACUUCGAAAAAGUUUGAAAAUUAGAUUUCUUCUCUCGAAUUACCUUUCCAAUUCAAGGCCAAGAGAAAGUUUGAAAGCAAGGGAAAAUGCCACCUCCGGUUUCCCGUGUCCAAAGCAUAAGUUUGACCCGACCAUUACUCGGGCUUUUAGGCAUCCUCGUCUCAAUAUUGGGCACCUUCCUGCAACUAAGAUUCCAAUCGGCGGGGACCUCCCCUUUCGACACUCACAGGCUCCACAUCUUGGCAUUUUUCACUGUUAUCGUCAUCUGUGCCAUAUCACUGGGAGUCGAAAUCAAACUCCAAGCUGCCGGUUCAGAUUGCCGGGCGAUUGUGAGCACAAUCUUCCUCCUUGCCGGAUCUCUAGCUCUAAUCCUGCUGCUUCUGAUUAUCGAGCCUUACGUUGGAUGGCCGGUGCUUAUCCUAUGGUUCUUCUACCUUGUAAAGCUGGCUUGCGAAUCCUACCGAGAGAUCCGUAAUUCAAUUGUGUCUGCAGUUGAGUCUGCAGAUGACUUUCUGAAAAACCUAUUCAAUCGCAAUCGCAAUCAGAACGGAGAAGCAAACCUGUGUACUAAUGUUAAAGGCAAGAGAGUUUUGAUUGCUUUUAUGCAAGUGAAAUUAGAAGGCAUGUUGAGAUUCUAUCAGCUUCCAAACUCCAAAGUAACCGAGAGAGAAACGAGCAAGGGAAUGAUGAAAUCCAGAAUGAACUGAGAAACACCUCUUAUUCUAUCCAAUUUGCAGCAUUUUGUAAUUUGAAUUAGGUUUUCCAUUUUUUACGGUCAAGUCAAUAACUGAUGUGGGCUUUGAAGUUUGUUUGCUGAUGGUAAUGGAAACGGUUUCCUUUUUGUAUAGUCAAGUUUCUUUUAAGUAUAAAAAAAGCAACAUUUU